GGUCAUCAUGACAUCAUUAAAUACAGGAGAGGAAUACCGGGAGACCUCAGAGGGUUUGAUGUAGCGAUGAGGAUCUCCUGUCGGAUGCGGCAAACGGGCAUCACUGUUCUGCAGAUACUGUAACUGAGAGCUUGGGUGGUUCUAGAAGGACGCUAUCUGUAAAUCAAAGCCAUGGGCAAGGAUUACUAUAAGAUCCUAGGUAUACCGUCAGGCUCUAAUGAGGAUGAAAUCAAAAAGGCUUACAGGAGGAUGGCCCUGAAGUUCCAUCCAGACAAAAACAAAGAUCCCAAUGCUGAAGAUAAGUUCAAGGAGAUAGCAGAGGCUUAUGAAGUUCUCAGUGACCCAAAGAAGAGAGUCAUCUAUGACCAGUACGGGGAGGAUGGUUUGAAAACAGGUGGGACAGGCUCAUCUAGUGGACAGGGGACUACAUAUCACUACACCUUCCAUGGAGAUCCACAUGCAACCUUUGCCUCUUUCUUUGGAGGCUCUAAUCCCUUUGAUAUAUUCUUUGGCUCUGGACUUCAGCGGGGAACCACUAAUGGCUUUGCAGACCAUGGCGAUCAUGACAUGGACAUUGACAUGGAUGGAGAUGAUGAUCCUUUCAGUUCCUUCAGCCACUUUGGCUUCAAUGGUACCAAUGGUUUUCAUCAUGGUGGAGGUCGAAGGAAUCGUACUGAGCCCUUGCAUGCAGGAGGCAGCAGGAGGAAAGUACAGGACCCUCCAGUGGUACAUGAGCUUAAAGUGUCUCUAGAGGAGAUCUUCCAUGGAUGUACCAAGCGGAUGCGAAUCACUCGCCGACGGCUGAACCCAGACAGAAGGACAAUGAGGACAGAGGACAAGAUCCUUAAUAUUGUCAUCAAGAGGGGCUGGAAGGAAGGGACCAAGAUCACCUUUCCCAAAGAAGGUGAUGAGACACCUCAGAACAUUCCUGCUGAUAUUGCAUUUGUGCUCAAGGACAAAGGGCAUUCACUCUUCAAAAGGGACAGCUCCAACAUCAUUUAUACAGCCAAGAUCAGUCUUAAGGAGGCAUUGUGUGGCUGCACAGUGAACAUUCCCACCAUCGACAACCGAGUGAUCCCAUUGCCCUGUAACGAUCUCAUCAAACCAGGCACAAUCAAGAGACUGCGUGGGGAAGGUCUACCUUUCCCAAAAAAUCCAUCCCAGCGUGGGGAUUUAAUAGUGGAGUUCCAAGUGCGCUUCCCAGACAGAAUACCACACCAGUCCAGAGAGAUCAUCAAACAGCACUUACCCCAGUCUUAGAGAAAUUGCAGAAGACUUCUUUGUGCUUUUAUUUGUUCAAAUACAAAUAAAAACGAUCCUGAAUUCGAAGAGUGGCAAAUGUGUGAGAAGGACCAGAGGCUCAUUUGAUAUUUUGAUACAAUUUUGCAUUAUUUAUUAUUAUGUUUCCUGUUUUAAGUGGUUUGCCUGUGGAUUUCACCCAGGACUUGUUUUUGAUUUUGAGGAAUAAUCUUUUAUUAUUUAUUAUUUCAUCAACAUGUUGAAGGCAAAAGAAUACAGUAAAGACAAAAUGACUGAUUUAUUGGAUGGAAGAUUGAUAUUUUUGGUAGUAUUUUGGUGAUGAGGACAAUAACUGGGUAUUCAGAUUCAGAUCUGAAUUAUUUUUUAGCCAAUUAAACUCAUUUCCAUUGUAACUGAUAAGCUCAUUUUUAAUGUUAAAGUAUAUAAGACAACUAAGUGUUGAAGUUUUAGGAUUUUUGAUCAGCAUAAACAAACUACUGUUCGGUAACUUCUUUAUAUAUUUCCUCUCCCUGACCCACCUCAGCAGUCUACGGGUGCUUUCUUUUAGUUUUUGAAGUGCAAGGUGCUGCAAUUUACAGUAUGGUAAACCUUUAGAGGUGCAAUUGCAAGAUUGAGAACAUUUUGAGUGCCUUAAUGUGGCUCAAACCAACUGUUUUAUUUGAAUUAGCAAGGCAUAUUGACAAAACUGUGUAUUAUUACAAGUGCUGCAAUCAGUUUUUCUUGUCAUUUCAGUUCCCAAAAUAAUUUAUUGCAGUAGCCAUCUUUAAAGGAAUAGUUCACCAAACUGAAAAAAGACUGAAAUUUAAGUUGUUAUUCACUGAAAAUCUUGUCUUCUUUGUUUACAUCUAGCCGGAAGGGCAGCACACUUGACACCAGAAGGAGAAGAAAUUGCAAACUUCAUUGGUUUCGCAUAGCAGUGAAUAAAAACUUGAAUAUCAGUCUGUUACUAUUAUCAAUAUAUAGGAUGCUAUUGCUUUAGAAGGCUUGGAAUAUAAUAAAUCAGGUGUAUGAACUACUUUUAUUCUCCACAGAAGAACUAACAUGCAAACGACAUGAGGGUGAAUAGAUGAUGGCAGAAUGCUUAUUAAUUUAUUCUAUUAUUCAACCCACACAUUAAAAGGGAGUACAAAGAUUCUUUGAAGUGCUUAUAUUUUAGCAGUAUGCCAGUCUUAGCAUGUUAGGAUGAAAAUUUUAUGAACAUAAGUGAAUGAAAGAUCGGAGUAUGUUGCUUCAUGUUAAGUCGUCAUUUUUAUUUGUAUAGCACUUUUCACAACACACAUCGUUUCAAAGCAGCUUUACAGAAACCUGUCUGAAGACCUCUCUGACACUACAGAGAACUGUAAUGUCAAAAGAUGUUAUUUAAUACUUAGAGGUAAG